AUGUUCCAAAAGAACGUUCUCAUUCUCCUUGUCCUUAACCUAUGGACUGCUCUGUGCAAUGCUCAGUUCAGAGUGUGGCGCGCUGAUACCAGGACCCCGACUGAGAUGCGUGCCGCUGGCAAUUUUGCUCCCAGAGGAGCCAGCCGGUUCCUUGAAGUCACUCCGAAUGUCAGUAUGUACAACCAUGCUGUCGGCGCCGAUAAUGGAGCCAGCCGGGAUAACGACGGCUAUGUUUCCACCACCGCUAGCGAAGAUACCGCUGUCAGAUUCCUCACGCAGAUGUUCAACGGCAACGGCUAUGUCUACGAGAUCGCGGCGGUGGGCAACUUCAUCCAGGUCUCCGGCACCCUCGGCCAGUUUAGCCCCUACCCGAACGAGCAAGAGUACGCGGCGCUUGGCGGCUUCAGCUGGGACCAGGUCAUCCGCUGGAGACACUACACCAACGGUGUCGCCGACGCUGCCGGCAUGCAGGACAACAACGAGUAUGAGGGCAGAAUCUACAACAGCUUGAGACCUAACAACGGUCAACCCAGCCUUGCGGGUUUCCCCUCUGGCCACCGAGCCUGGACUCUCUCCCCUUGGAAUGCGUUUGCCCAGGGCGGCGAGGGCUGCGGUGGUAACGGCGAGCUCUCUGUCGGCGCUCGCCGCCUCAAGACUCGCCAGUGUGCUCCUGUUGAUGACGCCGUCACUGCUGCUAAGAGGUUCAUCGACGAGGCUUGCUACCGAAAGGCCCUGUGCGGCUAA